AUGUCAUCCAUCAGAGCCCUUCGUUUGCAACCGGCACUCCGUCCCUCCGCACUCCGUCCCGCGCACCGCACCGCCCGCCGAACAUACGCCGUAAAAGAACCCGCCCGCGACACGCCGGCCUACCAUGGCGGCGACCAACCACCGCCUGCCGGCUCAAACGAGAAAGCCCCAACAAAAUCUGACCAAGUGAGAAACAAAGGAACGCUCUAUUCCAUCGUGGGCGUCGCUGUGACGGUUGGCGCCUUUUUCGCCUUCCUCACCGGCUCUCCCGACCGCGCCGCCGGUGUAAUCGAGAACAGUACCCGCGGCAAGGGAGAAAGCUCGGCGUUUGUUGGCUACGGGUCCAAGCCGUCGAGCGAGCGGCACUUGGAGGAGACGACGGGCCGGGACCCGCUGCGGCAGAGCGGCUUGGCGGGGCUGAAGAGCGAGCAGACGGAUCCGAACCAGCCUUCGACGAGGAACUGA